CGUAGAUGAGAAGGGAGGUCACACAACUUACCCCGCCCUGCCUGGAGCAGGUCACCCUACUGACAAACGUACGCCAUUUUCCGUCGACCACCGAGAGGAACAAAUCAGCAGAGAAGCGCGGAGAGUCGGAGCUGUGAGUUGCAACGAAAACGAUCCAGUCAUGCAUCGUGACUGUCCUCUUGACUGCAAGGUCUAUGUUGGAAAUUUGGGCAACAAUGGAAACAAGACAGAGUUAGAGAGGUCAUUUGGCUACUAUGGUCCUCUCCGCAGUGUGUGGGUGGCCAGGAACCCUCCAGGCUUCGCCUUUGUAGAAUUUGAAGAUCCCAGAGAUGCAACUGAUGCAGUGCGUGAGCUUGACGGAAGAACAUUGUGUGGUUGCCGCGUGCGAGUAGAGCUGUCCAAUGGUGAGAAGCGCAGCCGCACCCGUGGCGCUCCCCCUCCGUGGAGUAGGCGUCCUCGAGACCGAGACGACUACAGGCGCCGUAGCCCACCACCCAGACGAAGAAUGAAACCCGUUGCAGAGACGUCACCAUGCCUCCUCUCACCAUCCUCUGAGUCAAUCAACUAGUCCUCUUUCAGCAUCAUGUGACUGCUGACCAUCGUGCACCAAUCAGCUUGGCUGGUGCUGUCAUAUGACCCAGGCAUGGCCGGUCGUCAAGUUGCACCAACCCAUUGGUUCCUCAGCAUGCCGUUCUCAACCUCCUCCUCCUUCAACCUUAAUCCAAACGGCAGCGGCCCACCUCACAUUCCCGACCAAUCAGCGUAUUACGUUCCCAAAUGUCUACAACCUACCAACAGCAGCCUUCGGCUAACCAAUUAAAGCAGGAAAAAAGCCACAGCCAGCCCCCAUCUGCCUGCCACCUAAUCACCUUGCAGCAUCUGGCCAGUCCCAUUCAGCCAAUUCUACCUACCCAGCCGGCAGUCUGCCUCCCUUUCGUCAUAUCUAGCUUGUUGAAAAC